AUGGCGUCCAUGUGGCUUACCCUGGGCAAAGCUCUGCUGACUGAAUGCGGAUAUCCUCACAAACCAUGGCGUCUGCUGACUGCAGCUCUGAGCCCCGGCAUUACCUCAUCAGCGAAAGACUGUCCAAUCUCCCGGACCCAGCGUACGGUACUGGUUCCCACGACUGCCUUCCUGGGCUUUGAGUUCCCAGAAGACACCCCUCCAACCACAAUCCCACUCCUGGACAGAACACCCCAGCCAGUACUUCCAUUACUGGCCCCCAGUGGAGCCGUGGGCACAGGUGGCAGGCUCAAACAGAGCCUAGGGCUGGCGGAGUGGUCCAAAUCAGAACACCCUUUAUGUUGGGACUCUGCAGCUAUUAAGCUCCAACGGGAAGCCGAGACCAAAUGA